UUCUAACACUGUUUACCUGCCUGAUAUCAGUAUACUCUGAUUGACAGACGUCCCGGAGGGCUGUGUGAUAAUUAGGGAACAUAUCCCCAUAACAAACUUGUUUACAUGCCUUUGGUUCAAUGAAGUUGACCGCUUCACGUCCAGAGAUCAGCUAAGCUUCAGCACAGUUAGGGAUAAAAUAAGGUGGCGAGUUAAUUGGACUGCAGACAUGUUCCUGGAUUGUGAAAGGCGUGAUUUUGUUGUUCAGUCGUACCACCGAGAACUGUUGGAACAGAGGCAGUCUGCCUUACGAAGAUGGCCUCCCCAGCGGUCUCCCAUCGCGCGCUUCCAACCUAGAAAGAUGCUUCCAGAAAAUGCAGCAAGGGAACCAUGGAAGGCUUCUGCAACCAAGAAGUUAUCACGGAAGCGAGCACGGGAUAAGAAAUCAAGCUCGAGACGAACUCAUUGAACUAGUGGGAAGGAAGCAAUUCAGCUGUAAAUGCUGGCGAUUUUGCUCCUACACAACUGCAUAUCUAACGGACAGCAUUCCAACAUUGUUUUACUACUUUUAACUUCCUUUCAUGCUCC